AUGGCUUCCACAACACCACCCACCAUCACCACCACUAUCAUCAAAGAGAUAGUUAGUGAUAUGGGUACUUUAAUUCGGUUCUUCAAUGAUGGUACUCUGGAACGACCAUUACAAUCACCAUUUGUGCCACCAAUGCUUAAUGAACCACAAACUGGACUCUCAUCCAAAGACAUUGUCAUCUCACACAACCCCACAAUUUCAGCUCGCCUUUACCUUCCAAACUUACCCAAUUCCAAGGAACAAUGUCAAGCUGAGAAAGUCCCAAUCUUGGUCUACUUUCACGGUGGUGGUUUCCUCAUUGAAUCCCCUUUCUCCCAGUUAUAUCAUGGUCAUUUCAGAACCUUUGUUCCCCAUGCAAACGUUAUAGUGGUUUCUGUGGAGUAUAGACUUGCACCAGAGCACUCACUCCCUGCAUGUUAUGAUGAUUGUUGGGCUGCACUCAAAUGGGUAUCUUCCCAUUCUACCAAAAGCCCCAGCAACACAGAGUCAUGGCUCGUUGACCAUGGUGAUUUCAAUAGAAUUUUCAUAGGGGGUGAUAGUGCUGGUGGUAAUAUUGCUCAUAACAUAGCCAUGCGUGCGGGGACCGAGUCUUUACCAGGUGAUGUUAAAAUAUUAGGUGCUAUUUUAUCUCACCCUUACUUUUACAGUUCAAGCCCAAUUGGAUCAGAACCCGUUACAGAGCAUGAAAAGAACUUUUGUUACACAAUUUGGGACUUGGUGUACCCAUCUGCUCCUGGUGGGAUUGAUAACCACGUGGUGAAUCCAGUGGGAGCAGGGGCACCUAGCUUGGGUGGACUUGGGUGUUGUAGAAUUAUUGUGUGUGUUGCUGGAAAGGAUAGACUGAGGGAUAGAGGGGUUUGGUAUUAUGAAGCUGUGAAGAAGAGUGGGUGGCAAGGGAAACUUGAACUGUUUGAAGAGAAAGAUGAGGGUCAUGUUUAUCAUUUGUUUGAUCCAGAUUGUGAGAAUACCAAUAAGUUUAUCAAGCGUUUGGCUUCUUUUCUCCAGGAGUAG